GUGAUAUUAUGCGAGCUGCUACAGGUGACCAUAGUUCUGGCAGGGGCUUUGUUAUUCAUUGGGCAGAAUGUCGAAUCGUCUAUCUGUUCCGCCAGAUCCAUGCCCUUACGAACGUUUAACAGGCAGAAGUGCCAAAGAUCGUGGUGCACAUUUGGGAGUGAGAGAGUUGUACAGGUCUGAUACAUACAGGGGCGUAGCUACCGCCGUAUUUGCCGUAUCAAUUAUACGGGGGCCCCCAAAGUGUGUAAGGUAAAAGAAUAAAAACUUUAUAAUUUAUUUUAUUUUACAAAUGACAAAAUUCUAAGCAAUUCCUUUUUUUCCCGCCUUAAGCGGGCGUUCAAAAGUUGGCAACACUCUACAUCGUUAUGGCGGGCUGCGGGACUUCCCCGUUUUACUUACUUCAUCUUCAACUCAGCGGGGAAUCCCCGGGAAUCCUUUAUCGAUAUCGCGAUGUACGUGUACGUUGCUGUACUUUGCAUUGGAUGUUAAACCACGGAGUACAGUGCACUGUUUAUUUACGCGCUUUAUAUAAAUGUGCAUUACAUUGUAAUUCAGUACAAACAAUAAUGUUCUUCUGGUUUAGCAGUAUUAGUAGCGAUUUGUAAAAGAAAUGAGUGAAAGGAAAAGAGAUUAUCCCAGCGGCGCUGAGAAAAGAAAAAUUAAACAGAAAAGGGACGAGGUUAUAAAAAAAGUGCCCAAAAUUUCUUCAUUUUUUCAGAGACAAGAUACUGUAAGAUUCUUCUGAAGCAUGUUCUUCGUCAAUUAUCCAUCCGGAAAUAGAAGAAAGCCAAGCACAUACUUUAUCGGAUGUCCAUCCAGAAAUCGAGGAACCCCAAGUCAACGAUUCUGAUAUAUCUGCAGAUUGUAAUAUAAUUUCAUCAGAUAGAGGAAAUUUUGGUGACAAUUUAACUAAAUGCGAACGAAAAAUAAUUUUUAAAUUAGGUCCAUUUAAACCACAAGGACCAUUUCCAAAAGUUUCAGAAACGAACCGACCUUUUUCGGCUUAUUAUUAUUCAUAUUUCAAUCAGGCAGGCAUAAAAAUUAUAAGACCAUGGUUAUGUUAUUCUAACGUUUUAAACAAACCGUACUGUCACUCCUGUUGGUUAUUAGCAGAUCGUCAAAACAAAUCGUACUCCUCUGCUUGGGUUAACGGUGUUUCGUUUAGAAGCAAUUUCACACAAACUAUUCUUGACCAUGAAAAGUCACAGCAGAAUAUUAGUGCCUCACUCUCUUAUAAUAAUUGGUUGCAAGGAAAUACCAUCGAUACUCUAUUGAAAAGUAAAAUUACAUUCUGGAGAGAUGUACUGCAUCGUAUAAUUAAUGUUAUAAUUACUUUAGUAUCUUGUAAUCUACCUUUGAGGGGGCAUGAUUCUGAUUCUGGCAAUUUCACGUCUGCUAUCUAACUAUGAUGCAACUUUAAAAGAACUUCUUCUAAAACCGAAAGGUGAAAUAAAUUAUUUAAGCCCUACGAUUCAAAAUGAAAUUAUUAGUUUGCUUGGUACCACCGUUAGGAACAAUAUUAUCUCAGAAAUUAAAAAAGCUCCAUUUCUGACAAUAAUUCUGGAUACAACACAAGACUUGUCAAAAAUUUACCAACUAUCUGUAGUUUUUCGAUAUAUCUCGGUUACAGAAAAUGAUGAUAAUGUGCCUAAAGAAAUAAAAAUCUGUGAAUCCUUUUUAGGAUUUAUAGCAGUAACCGAUUGCAGUGCUGCAGGUCUGAAAACUGUCAUUUUAAAUUUGACUAAAGAAUAUGGAAUUGAUUUGACUAUAUGUAGAGGACAGGGAUACGAUGGAGCAAAUGUUAUGUCGGGUGUGUAUGGAGGAUUACAAACCCUAAUAAAAGAGCAUGCUCCAAAUGCCGAUUAUGUUCAUUGUGCUGCGCACGCUUUAAACUUAGUUUUGAACGAUGCUGCGAGACAUGUUCGUGCAGUAUUGACUUUUUUCGAUAAUUUAGAAAAAAUAUAUACUUUUUUUGGCAAUAGUAUAAAACGCUGGGCUAUGCUAAGUGACGAUUCAUCUGAAAAAUAUUUGAUUACCCUUAAAAAGGUAUGUCCUACCAGAUGGUCUUCUAGGAACGACGCUUUAUUAGCAGUAAAGAAAAAUUUUUUACUAAUCAUGAAAACUUUGUACCAACUAAAUUUAAUUUCAAAUAAAAAAGAUGAACGUGAAGAAUGUAAAAGUAUAAUUAAUAUUUUAGAGAGUUUUGAUUUCUUAGUGCUCGUUACAUUUUUUUCUUCACUAUUUGAAAUUAUUAAUCCUGUUUCUAAAGCUCUACAGCAUGAAAAUAAUGACUUACAGAAAUCUAGUAUUUUAUUAAGUAAUCUUUUAAAUAGAUUGUGCCAAUUAAGAAAUCAGAAUUCAUUUAAUAGUUUGCUAAAUGAAUCCAAAGAUUUAGCAAAAGAGUAG